AUGCAGAGACUACUUUCCACGCUGUUCUUCAGCAACAUUUGUUGGAUAUUGCGGGCCGGUGAAUUUCGAACACCAUCCCUCUACGAGAUCUCUGGGUACAAGGAUCCAGUACUAAAUGAGGUUUUCCGGGAGCAUCAGAUCGAGCUUCGGCAAAAAGCGGAACCGGGCGAAGCUCCAUUAUUGUCUAACACUCCGCCGCCCCUCGCACCACGAAAUCCGAAUUAUAGAGGGGAAGUUCCAAUUCAACGCCCAUCGAAUGGCUUCGAACAAGCCUACAACCGCCCCGCACAUGGUCAAAUUGGCACCGACGAUGGGCUAACGGACCUGGCGGCUGCUGGUGGGCGGCUAGCAUACGGUGGAGCGCAACAAUUUUUCCAAGGCGCUGGCCAGGUCGGCCAAGCAUUCGGCAUACCAAACGGCGGUUCAAACACGUUCAUCGACUCGGCUGCACGCUUCUUCGGA